GUCCUGUUCCACCGCGUCAUACGCUCAUAAAAUCAAGGCAUACUGCAAGAAAGCUCCGAAUCUACCGCCACUGUCAACACAAACUGUCCCCACACAAUAAUGGUAGCCGAUCAUAAAAUCAGUCGCCAAAAAGGCGGCCCAUAUCGCCCUCCAAAAGAUGGGCGAUGCAUCAUUAAUACGCUUCCGACUGAGCUACUUGCUCACAUAUUUGCACUCGGGCCAGAUUGGAAUGAAUACGACGAAGAGAGCGAGGAGGAUUGGGAGGAGGAUGAGCCAGACUUUGUGAUCCUCGUUUCUCACGUUUGCAGGCAUUGGCGCGAGGUCGCAAUCAAUACACCCGCUCUGUGGACGAGCAUUGACUUCUCAGAAGGUCAUCCUUACGCGCGAUCUGCGGUGUACUUGGAGCGAUCGGAGAAUGCACCGCUCGAUUUAUGCAUCGACUUUACAGAGGAUGGACUCGACGAAGAAGGGGAGCAGGCGAUUAAGAACAUGUGCGACAUGCAAAGGAUUCUUCAGCUCAUCCUUCCACAUGUUCAUCACUGGCGAUCCUUGGAUGUAUCAGUUUCAGAUUAUCACCUCAUGCAUGAUGCUUUGCUGGGGAUGAGCCGUUGUCCUGUUGCUCCUUCGCUGGAGAUCCUUCAGCUCUACCAUUACGAAGACGAUGACAACCCGGAGGCGUUCUCACCGGCACACCUCAAAGAGCAACCAUUCGUGCUUUUUAAUGGCAACGUACCAAGACUUACGAAGGUCGCGCUUUGGGGGGUGCACCUUAAUUGGUCCAGGUCACUGUUUUUGUGCGGGUUGGUGGAUCUGGAGCUCGCAUAUCACGCGAAGGAUGUCCGCCCAUCUUUCAAGGAUUUCGCGCGCAUCUUGCGCGAUUCUCCCGAACUCAGUAAACUCUCGCUGUGUCAAUCAGGACCCGCAGGUGGUCCGGUGGACUGGCUUGCAAGCAUUCUCGAUCAGCCUCCUGAUGUGCUCGCUUAUGACGAGAUGCGAACGUCUCCAGAACCCUCCGCAACUACGACAAUCAUGCUCUCUUCGCUCAAGGAGCUUGUACUUGCAUUUCUGGAAACGGACUACUCCAUAGAACUUCUCAAGCGGCUUGCGAUGCCGAAUCUCUCGUCGCUGGCGCUCGAGUUUGACGAAAUCGACAGUAGCGAAUUUCUCAGAGCAAUCACGCGCCCAUCAAGUCUCACUGGCAAGUCGAUCCUCUCUGGACUGCAAGCUCUCAAGCUUUCCGGAAUGGAAUGCGAAGAUUCACAAGUCAUACGAGAUGUAUACGCAGCGAUGCCGAAUCUCAAUCUGUUGAAUCUCAAUUUCGAUUUCAUCUCAAUGCGUUGGUAUCACGAACUUGCAGACCAGUGGGAUGCAGCGGCGGACUCUAACCAGACGCCUUUUCUACCGCGUCUGCAGGCAUUCUCCGCAACCGGCCUCGCAGGCCCGGAUCUGCGGGCUCUGGUGGAGUUCCGGAAAGCGUUGGGCCUUCCUAUCAAGCAGCUUUACGUGAACGAGGAGGAUCAGCUAGACGAGGAAGAUGAACAUUGGUUCAUACAGAAUGUGCAGGAAUUCGAAUACUUCGAGGGCUCAGACGAAGAGGAGAUGGAGGAGGAGGAGAUAAUAGACGUUGGUAUAGAAGGAGAAGAUUUCGAGGACGAGUUCGGGCACGAAGACGCUGAAGAUUUGUGGAAUGAUGUGGAUUGAAGCAUAUAAAAGUUUCACGGUGAAUUGCUACUUUAAUUUCGUUCACCAUGAGUGAUGAAUUCGCUGUUGAAGUAACGUCAGAUGCUGCCUGCAUUGUAUAUCUCAUUUUUCCCCUGCUGAAGACGAUAGCAGAUUAUGGUUGAAGCGGAAGCUAAAGAAGACACAUCAUCGACUUGCUUUUGCA